AUGGCUCUGCGACAUUUUCUCUUAUCUUUUUUUCUCUUCUUCUCACUUUCGGUUUCUGUCAAAGCUUCAGCCCUUACCACCUCCAUUUCUGCCAACGAAAGGAUAUGUUUCUUUGCCGACGUUGACAAGGCUGGGGAAAAAAUUGGGUUUUACUUUGCCGUGCAAUCAGGAGGCGCAUUCGACAUUGAUUUUGAUAUCAAAGACCCCAACCACAAGGUUAUCCUAGACGGCGAGAGAGAGCGCCAGGGUGACUACGUUCUCACCGCCAACACCGUCGGAGAAUACUCUUUCUGUUUUGAGAAUGACAUGUCGACGUUGACGGACAAGCUGGUGGACUUUGACAUUAUGGUGGAGAGUGAGCCCAGGCGAGAGGCACCGGGGAAGCCUGGCCAGAUUUCCGAGCAUACGAGCGCGUUGGAAGAGAGCGUGUUCAGGCUGAAUGGUCUGCUGAUGAACAUCAAGAGAAUGCAGAAGCAUCAUCAUACCCAGGAAAAUCGUGGGUUUUCCAUCGUUAAAUCGACACAAAAUCGCCUAUUCUGGUAUGCAGUGAUUGAGAGUUUAGGUGUCAUCGGGAUGGCCGUAUUUCAGGUCUACGUCCUUCAGACUUUCUUCACGAAGACUGGGCGACGGUACAAGGUCUAG